CUAAAAUAGCUUUUUUAAUUCAUGCUAGUCAUGCUUAAUUUUGUUUUUGAUUUGCUUAAGCCGCUUACGUAUGGCCGUCUGUCUUAUCGCACGUUAUCUAGGUAUCUAGUUUUGUGAUAGUAACAUGCGAUUGUCGGUUUAUAAACAGUGUUGGAUAAAUGCUUUGAAGAGUGUUGUGAAUUUUGUUGAUAUUUUGCGGGUUAAUAAUAAUAAUACGGGUUGUCUGAAGGUUGAAAAAUAAACCAUGGGUGAUAUUGACUAUGAGAUCAUCAGUGAGGAAGCGAGUCCAAAAAGAUACAAGAUAUCGAACGCUAUUGAAGUCCCGAUUCUUCUUAUGAUGAUCGGUUUUGCUGUGUCUGGAAUCCAAAUAAGCAACCUCAUCAUGCACCGGACUUGCGUUCACGAACUGAACCGCACCGCCUCCGAGUGCCAACAUUUCCUCUCUCCUGAGAUGACCUCCACCUCCGAAGAACUAAGCCAAAGGCAGGAGUUGGAACGAGAAGUGCAGGAAUAUGCCAACAAGGUUAUGACGGCCAAGGCGGUGUUAGAGUCAGCGGGGCCAGCAGUGCUCUCGUUGUUUGUAGGAGCAUGGUCUGACAAGCACGGCAGGAAACCUCUUAUUGUCUGGAACCUUUUAGCAAUGACGUUGGGCUCCAUGGCGCUAGUAGUAUACAGCAUGGUGUCCCUCAGCCCGUGGUGGCUGGUGGCUUGCAGCGUGUUCUUCUCGCUGACUGGCGGGAUGAGCGUCGUUAUCACUGGCGCUAUGUGCUUCGUUAGUGACGUCACUGACAAUAGAAAUAGGACUUUUAGAUUAGUAAUGGUCCAGAUGAGCCUAGUGAUUGGCAUAGCGGGAGGUUCUAUGGUCAGCCCAUUCCUGCUCAGAGCAGUGGGCAGCGUCUACUCGUUGCUCAUAGUGGCUGCUCUCUAUGCGUGCGCGUACGCAUUCUCCGCUGUCGCCAUUCAAGAGUCUUUGACGAAUAUUGAAGAGGGCAGUAUAUUUUCCGUGCUAGAUUUUUCGCACGUUAAGGACAUGCUAACGGAAAGUUUCAAGGAAAAACCAAACUACGGCAGAGCGAAGCUGCUUCUUACAGUCGGCGCGUCUAGCCUUAACGCAUUCGCUAUGUUGGGAACAAUGGGUCUUAUGUACUUGUACACAAGGAACAAACUGCAAUGGACGAUGAAAGAUUUCACGACUUUUUCGGCUUUAAGCACCGUUUGGAGUUUGGGAGGGUUCUUUGGGGUAGCAUUGAUACAGAAAAUGUUCCAUAUAAGCGAUCUGAGUUUCGCUACGAUAGCUGUCUUCUCUUGUGUCGUAGAGAACAUUAUAAAAGCUGGAGCAGUUGAUACAUGGGAGAUGUAUCUUGGUUCAGCCGCAGCUGUCUUCGGGACAGUCUCCGGGCCGUUAAUCCGGUCGUACUUGUCCCAGACGUUACCCAGUCAAGACAUAGCAAAGGUCUUCGGCCUGAUGGGCUCGGCCGAGUCUUUCAGCCCGCUGCUAGCGCCACUGGUGUACAACGCGUUGUAUGCUUACACGCUCGCAAGUUUUCCUGGAGCAUUUUUAGUGCUCACCGCUGCUAUUUCUACUGUGUCACUAGUGUUCUUGCUGAUCGUGAAAUGUCUCAUAGUAAAGAGUCCUUCAGUGCCAUAUCAGUUAGUUGAGGAAACAGAUCAACACAUCGAAUCACACUCUGACACAGAUUCGCGCCACAGUAAAACGGAAUAGUCAGUAAAUAAAUUUUCGUCUUUAGUGCCUAUUCUACUGUCUUGUCUUUUCAUGGUCAAAAUUAGCAUAAAUUCCGAUGAUGUGAUAUAGUAUUAUUAAUUAACUAAAACCCGCUUCCGAUUGCAAUCAUUGUAAAUAAAAGGCUCGAAACUGUUAUUUUAUGUAGAUUAGAAAGAUAAGAAAAAUGUGAAAUGUGUUUUAUUUACUCGUAUGUUAAGUAUUUAAUUUUGUAUGUGAAUCAAGUGGCGCCAAUCGUUAUUACCAGUGAGAUUGACAGCUAGGUUAUUUUUUGAGUGAAAUGUUUAUAUAUUUUUUGUGUAAAAUUUUCAAGUAUUUUUAGCAAUAUUUAUGUUAAUAUGUUCUCCUGUAGUGUUAUGUACUGUGUAAAUAAAUAAUUAAUAUUA